GUUGUCUUCUGUUUUUUGCCGGACGCCUAGGUUUUUCCGGUUUCACCUACCGCGGCAUGUGCCAUGGGCGCGCCGUUUGCCGUGCGCCUGGCGCUGGUGCUUUCGCUGGCGUCGGCGCAGUGUCCGCCGCAGCCGCCGCCCUGCGUGGCGACGGUGGGGACUUGCGGCGAGCGAGCGCGACCAUACAGUGACUGGUCCAGCAUCCUGAGAUUAACCGCCUGCGGCCUGCCGCUGCAGCUCCGUGCCGGAAUCGCGGUGUCGCUGUCGGGCAGCCGCGCCUCGGAGAGCGCCUCCCAGGAGAUCGUGCAGACCCUCAGCGAGCUGGCCGCCGUGCAAGGCAGAGGCAGCAUUCAGAUCAGCGAAAGGGACGCGCUUUCUUACUGCAUAUCCUUCUGCAUCCUGGACGAUGAGAGCUCCCCGCGGAAAGCUGUGGAGAUCUAUCGGAGCUUUGUGGGGGACUACAACAGCUCCAUGGAUCUGCUGCUUGGGCCCAGCACCUUCGAGUUCCGCGGAGCCGCGGCGCAGGUGGCAGAGGAGGCCAUUUGGCCGAUGAUCCUUUGGUCUUAUCCGUCGGACAUUGGCAAAAGCGCAAUCUACAAUCAGCAGCCGCCGGUGGCGGAGCUCUUGCAGACCUUAGCUUCACUCCGCACCGAGCCCCGCGCCAGCGUCGUGCCCGCGCCCUGCAGCGGCCUUUGCGAGGUGAGACAGGGCCCGCAGCCGGCAGAGAACUGCGCUCAGCUGCAGCUCCCGGACACCCACAGGCCGCGGCACCUGGCCCAGUUUCUGUCCUGUGACGGGCCUUGUACCGAUCAAGACUUGGAUUACUGCGCCGUGAGGAAGCAGGUGCCGAAGUUGGCGAGCGGGUGUCUCGAGGGCGGCUCCGGAGUUGAGGAGACUACCACCCAGGAGCUCAAUUUCACAGAGGACAGCGCUCUCCAUGUGAUCGUCUACUUUGUGGUCCGUACAUCACGGCGGAUCGAGAGCAGCCUCGAGCUGGCAGGCCAAGCGAUGUCUCCGUCUCUUCAAGAAACUGACAGCCGGAUGGUUCCCAGCGAUGCCACGCUGCGAUUUGUCUCCGCUGCCGGGCAGGCGGCGAAUUGGAGCGUCUGCUGGCGCGCGCCUUGCUCGAGCUGGUCCACCUGCCCAGCGUGGCUACCGCUGCGCCCCGAUGGAGAAUUCUGCGCGGAAAGCGCAUGCUCCACGAGUGACGUGGAGGCUUGCUGCUGGCCUAGGACUGCGCAGUUUUACUCAGGGGCGGUCUUUUCGACACCUCUUCGGUCUGCUGUGGACAUGGUGAUAGCACCAGAGGAGUGGCUUACCGACACCUUGUCCCAGAUCCGCACUCAGACUCCUCAGCUCUUGGCCUGCAUCGCUCAGACCUCCCUUGAUGUGGAAGGCCUUUGCAGGGCCUACUUGGCGCGGGCGCAGGAGAAGGGCUUCCAGAUCAUUCCAGGACCAUUUUCAGUUGCCGAUAACGACGACAUUGUGGCGGCGCUCGCCUACCUGGCACGGCUCAAGCGAAAACCGGAGGUUGUGAUUUUGUGCCUGGACCUGGUCGAGCUGGCCCGGUUUGUCUAUGGGAUGCCUGCGGUCGAGAUGACCUUCAGCUGGGUGGUGAGCGCCUUUCCCCACGGCGACAAGUUGCAAGAGAUUACGCAGGAUGCCUUGAUCCUCGACAACCUUUUGGAACCAACUCCAUUUCCUGCUCCGAACUUCAUGGAAGCCCGUGGUUUGUCGCAGACGAAGAUGGCCAACAUGUCCGUGCAGAAUUUGUAUCUGCACUCGGCUGUGCAAGUUGGCUGGGAAGCGAUUGAAUCAGCCGUCCUCUUCAACAUUGCGCGGUUUGCUGGAGACCAUCCUUUGGAGCCAUUCAGGAACGGAGUCGUCGGCGUGGAGGGGCUGGAGCUCAUACAGUUUAGUUCGACCUGGCCGAUGGUCGAUGCUUUGCAUCAGAACGGCUUCUCCAGCUACCUGGGCUCUCUCAAUUUCAAAUUCACCGGGCACCGCCAUGCAAUAGCGCAACAGGAGGUGAGCACGAGGAACUUUAAGGCCCUUGUGCCGGUCUCCAGCAUCACGGAACCGCUGCUGACUCGAGAAUCAUGGCAGUACCAGCAGGCGCGUUUCCAGCUCAGCAACCUGCUGCACUUCACCUCCAUGACGCCAGAGGUUUUGAACUGGGAGCAGAAGCUGCUCAAGCUAUAUCCAUGCCCCACGGGCUGCGUGGAGCGCAGCUUCCAGUGCUUUCCGUGCCCCCCAGGGAUGAUGCGGCCAUCCUUCACUUCCCAGUGCGUGCCUUGCGACGCGUAUGGCAAGGAUCGCUAUCAGGAUGCCUACGCCGGGGCAGUCUGCUUUUCCUGCCCCUCGAACGCCUUGUGCCCGUCUCAAGCCCUGCCGCCGGUCCCAAAGCCGGGCUUCGCGCGGGUCCCGCCGAACCAAGAUGCGUUGGCCGUCUCAACGCCUGAGGCCUGCAGCCUCGAGGGCGGCCUCUCCAUCGUUUCAGCCGCGCAGGAGCAAGAAUGGGCACGCCGGAAAGCGCUCUCAGCUUGGCGGAUGCACCGCUGCUAUGCGGACGGGGUGUGCCUCGGUGCUGAUGCCUGCGCUCCCUUGCACACCGGGGCCACCUGUUCCACAUGCCUGCCAGGCAGCAGCAAGAUCCACAUGUUCAUGGCCUUCCCGCGUUGUUUCGAAGUUUCGUUGGGCAGCGCCUUGGGCCAGACCUGCUUUGUGGCCCUGGUCCAGGUCUUGAUGAUCAUUUUGCUCACCUGGGCCAACGAUCGCAGCACACAGGAUCAGCUGUGCAUGGCGGGCCCCGCAGUGCUGGUUUUGCUGCAAACGCUGCAGAUCCAUUCCGUCCUUGCCUAUCGGACAGUUUGGAUCCGCGGACCAGCGGACAUUCUACCCAUGGACUUGUACAAUGUUGCAUUCUGGUCGGUCUGCAGCGGAUUCAUCACGGGUCCCUGCCUGCUCCCGUUGUCUGCGUACAACAACCCCCUCGCCACGGAAGCGGACCUUGGGGCCCACGAGGUGGCGAUCAUCUUCUCAGGGCUGGUGCCCUGUGUGCUAGCGGUGCUGGCGGGCUUUGGUUGGCGACUGAAUUUCCAUCAACUCGCCGGCCUGGCUUUCGCCAGUCUGCAGCUAGCCUGGCCCAUGGCGCUCUUCCACCUGUUGGAACUGAACCGGUGCAGGAACUUUAUGCUAGACACCGGGCCGUCCGGAAAGCGUGUCUUGGCUGUCAACACAGACAUCGAGUGCCCAGCGGAACUCCAGAAGGCAGUGGUCAUUAUGGCUUUCUUCCUGCUGCUCAUCCUUGGCGAGUGCAUCCUUCUUCGAAAGUAUGUGUAUCCUUUCGUGCAUUACGUCCACGUGUCCCAGAAGUUCGGGCUGACGUACCAGAGGCUUCUCAGAGGGAGGUCGCUCUGGAAGUUCGUCGAUGACCUGCGGAUUUUCUUAAUCACGGCAUUCGUUAUUCUAGAACCAUUUGUCAUCGCAUACUUCAUUCUCGCCGAAGAACUGAUUUACAUCGCCUUGCUGUACACCUUCUCGCCUUACACGCCUCAAAGACACAAUUGUGUGAACAUCGUGAAGAAGAACAUGUCCCGGACCGUCGCUGGACUUUGCAUCUACCUUGGGUCAAAGGCCAUGUUCGGAAGUUUGAUAAGCGACGAAGUUCUCGACUAUGUGGACAUGGGCGUCUGUUUUAUCACUUUUUUGGACGUCAUGGCGGAGACACUGUCCAUUGUAGUGCAUGAUGAAAUCAACGAUCCAGAUGUCCGACCCCAUCGAGAAGAGGCCUCGGUCAGGGUGAUGUACCGCCUCACGCGGUGCCUGCGGAAGAAGGACUACAUGCUGAACGUCAAGGACCCCGGCAUGGAGGUGGAAGCGAAGCACAUGCCGAAAAAGGCCCGGCUGCAGCAGCUGGACGCCGUGCGACUGGCCUUCAGAUUCAUCAUGAGGGAGGAGAAAGACGACAAGUUUCGCAUUGAGGAGUGCUUGUGGCUGUUGCAAGAUGCCCUUACUCACGCCAACACGUCCCGCCGACUGCAACACUUCGAGAUUUUCAAAGAUGUGCUGCCAGAGGGCCUAAAGUAUAGCAUCAGCAUCCACGACUGGUUGUCGGCUAUGGAGGACUUAACCACCAGAUCUGUCCAGCAGCUUCCGGGCCGGAAGUGGUUAGCAACUACACAGUUCGAUGACGACUUCGACUUCGACCUGGGCUCGAUCCUAGGCUUCGAUUCCUCAUCAGAGCAAGGCGAGGACUCCGAUGACAGCGACGGCAAGCCAGCGGAAGAAGCAGAACAUGUGAAGAAAGGCAAAAAGCACGCGCCCAAGUUUGUGUACCAGCCGAAUAAGGGGGGCGAUCACUGGGACUUAGAGGAUGAGCAGGAUUUGCAAGAGAUCCUUGCAAAGGUGCAGAAGUUGCAAGAAGCUGUGAGCGACCUGGAGUCUCAGGCGAACAAGAUGGGGGAUGGCCUCUGGCUGAGGAGAGGAAACAAUGCAUACACAAUGCAGAAGAUCCUCCUGAUGCAGGAUGGAGCGAUGAGUCUUCAGCAAGCCUUGUCGGGCAGCAUGGCAGUGAAGAACCUCCCGGACCGCGACAAGGAGCAGCGUCUGACCACGUUGGCCAUUGCCCUGCAGAAGAAGAUCUCAUCUUGGACAUUCCGCCCACGCAGGAAGGCCGGAAUGAUCACAGACACGCAGAUCAAGUUGGCCGACAAGGUAGAAGUCGCAGAGGUGGACCAGGACUGGGACAUCUUCGAGAACUAUGAGCUUUCGCAGCAGCGAAGUGCGAGGGCGAGUUCGAAACUUGCAGGAAAGACCAAGAAGAAGGCGAAGCUGAUCCCCUUCAGCUUCCACAAGGACUUCACGGGCGAGGAUCCCGUCCGGGAUAUCCUGCCUCAUCUGGACCGCCUCUCCGACCCGGAGCCAAAAACUUCAAAGACGCCCCCCACUUCGCCUGGCCAAGCCGCCCAGGGCGACACGGACACGGACGAGGAGGAUGAUGCAAAGUAAUUAGUGCAACCGCGCUGAAAGUUGUUGC